AUGUGCCACCCCCCAGUGCCUGUUCAAAAGGACCUCCGUUCCCUGCACCCUCUGCCUUUCUUUGGGAACUAUCCCCAUUUCCAUCCCCUGCUUACCAUUCUUUUAAGUUUAUUACCAGCAAUAUGGUUGAAGUCCACGAUUACACCAAGACUCUGGGAGGUGCUCAAAGAGUAUCCUUCUGGAGACGGCCUCCACGUCGAUACCCUUCUCGACUCGGACAGCCAUGGAGCCUUGAUUGCUGCGGGUGCAGAUGGUCUGCGCAUCGGUAUGGGCAGUGAUUCCGCUUGCAUCACGCAGGAGGUUAUGGCCGUUGGACGUCCUCAGGCUGCAGCUGUUCGCAGUGUGUCUGUCUUUGCUGCCCGAUUUGGCGUUCCUACUAUUGCGGAUGGCGGUGUCCAGAACCUGGGCCAUAUUGUGAAAGGACUUGCCUUAGGCGACUCGGCUGUGAUGAUGGGAAGUCUGCUCGCUGGUACCACAGAGUCUCCUGGUGAAUACUUUGUGAGCAGUGAAGGUCAGCUGGUUAAGGCUUUCCGUAGUAUGGGUAGUAUUGCGGUCAUGGAGGACAAGAGCAACAGUGCCGGCGGCAAGAACGCCGGUGCUUCGCGUUACUUCUCCGAGAAUGAUAAGGUUAAGGUUGCACAGGGUUCUGCGGGCUCUGUUAUCGAUCAUGGCUGUAUCACUAAGAUCGGCGUCCAGAACGUUGAUGCCUUGCGUGAUGACGUGAACAAGGGAUCGGUUCGCUUUGAGAUGAGAAGUGCUAGUGCGCAGACCGGGAGCAAUGUGCAUGGCUUGCACAGCCACGAGAAGAAGCUGUACUCUUCUUAG